UAAUAAUGUUGCGACGAGCCUGUCGUCGUCUCUUGAAACCCAAAUCUGUUGUUACUCUACGAACAAUCGCAUCUUCUUCUUCCUCAAGCUACGUCGAUCGUCAUAUUAGUGUGAUUCUCUGCGAUCAGAGCUUGAGCUUAGAGUCUCUGCGUAAACACAACGCUCUUAUCAUCACCGGAGGAAACUCGGAAAAUAUCUUCGUCGCAUCGAAGCUAAUUUCAUCUUACGCUUCUUACGGGAAACCCAAUUUGUCUUCCAGAGUCUUCGAUUUGGUUACUCGAAGAGAUGUCUUUCUUUGGAAUUCUAUUAUCAAAGCACAUUUCUCCAAUGGCGAUUAUGCUCGAUCCUUGGGUUUCUUCUUCUCAAUGCUCUUGUCUGGCCAAUCCCCUGAUCAUUUCACUGCUCCAAUGGUUGUUUCUGCUUGUGCGGAGCUUUUGUGGUUUGAUGUUGGGAGUUUCGUUCAUGGGUUUGUGUUGAAACAUGGAGGUUUUGAACGAAACACUGCAGUGGGAGCUUCCUUUGUUUAUUUCUAUUCAAAGUGUGGGUUUUUACAAGAUGCGUGUCUUGUGUUCGACGAAAUGCCUGAGAGAGAUGUUGUUGCUUGGACUGCCAUUAUAUCUGGGCAUGUGCAGAACCGAGAGAGCGAGAGAGCUUUGGGUUAUCUUUGCAAGAUGCAUACUGUUGGUUCUGAUGUUGAUAAGCCGAAUCCCAGAACAUUGGAAUGCGGAUUCCAAGCUUGUUCAAAUUUGGGAGCUUUGAAAGAAGGAAGAUGUCUUCAUGGUUUUGCGGUGAAAAAUGGUUUAGCUUCUUCCAACGUUGUCCAGUCUUCGAUCUUUUCAUUGUAUUCGAAAUCUGGGAAUCCAGCUGAGGCUUAUCUUUCUUUCCGUGAACUUGGGGAUCAAGAUAUGUUUUCAUGGACUUCGAUUAUAGCGUCACUGGUGAGAUCAGGUAACGUGGAGGAAAGUUUUGAUAUGUUCUGGGAAAUGCAGAACAAGGGAAUGCAGCCAGAUGGAAUUGUCAUUAGUUGUUUGAUUAGUGAACUAGGUAAGAAGAUGCUUGUCCCUGAAGGUAAAGCCUUUCACGGGUUCGUCAUAAGACACUGUUUCUCCUUAGACAGUACAGUUUGCAAUUCGUUGUUAUCGAUGUACUGCAAAUUCGAGUUUCUGUCUGUGGCUGAGAAGCUUUUCUGUAAGAUAAGCGAAGAAGGAAACACAGAAGCUUGGAAUACAAUGCUUAAAGGCUAUGGUAAAAUGAAAUCUCACGUAAAGUGUAUCGAGUUAUUUAGAAAGAUUCAGAAUCUUGGAAUUGAAAUCGACUCUGCCAGCGCAGCCUCUGUCAUAUCUUCUUGUUCCCACAUAGGAGCGGUGCUACUGGGGAAGUCGUUGCAUUGCUAUGUUGUCAAAACUAGCUUGGAUCUUACCAUCUCAGUGGUCAAUUCCCUCAUUGAUUUGUAUGGAAAGAUGGGAGACUUGACUGUUGCUUGGAGGAUGUUCUGUGAAGCAGAUACGAACAUUGUCACGUGGAACGCAAUGAUUGCGUCUUAUGUUUAUUGUGAGCAACCCGACAAAGCCAUUGCGUUGUUCGAUAGAAUGGUUUCUGAGAAUUUCAAACCCAGCUCAAUAACUUUGGUGACUCUGCUUAUGGCUUGCGCCAAUACUGGCUCUCUGGAGAGAGGACAGAUGAUUCAUCGGUACAUCAUUGAAACAGAGCACGAGAUGAAUCUUUCUCUUUCAACUGCUCUGAUUGACAUGUACGCAAAAUGUGGCCACCUUGAAAAGUCACGAGAACUGUUUGAUGCUGCAAGUCAGAAGGAUGCCGUUUGUUGGAAUGUGAUGAUCUCAGGUUAUGGAAUGCACGGACAUGUUGAAUCGGCCAUAGCACUUUUUGAUCAAAUGGAAGAGUCUGAUGUUAAACCAACCGGACCUACAUUUCUUGCCCUUCUAUCAGCUUGCACGCACGCUGGUUUAGUUGAACACGGGAAAAACCUUUUUCUCAAGAUGCAUCAGUACGAUGUGAAACCCAACUUAAAGCAUUACUCUUGUCUUGUGGAUCUUCUUUCCCGGUCUGGUAAUUUGCAGGAAGCUGAAACCACAGUCAUGUCGAUGCCAUUCUCACCAGACGGGGUCAUAUGGGGAACAUUGUUGAGCUCAUGCAUGACCCAUGGGGAGUUUGAGAUGGGAAUUCGAAUGGCAGACCGUGCAGUUGCUAGUGAUCCGCAGAACGAUGGGUAUUAUAUAAUGCUUGCGAACAUGUACAGUGCUGCAGGUAAGUGGGAACAAGCGGAAAGGGCACGAGAGAUGAUGAGGGAAAGCGGAGUUGGGAAGAGAGCUGGACAUAGUGUAGUCUAAUAAUAAUCUUUGAUACAACGGAUAUUCUUGUGAUUCAUCUGUUUGAAACAAGCUCAAUGUGCUUAGUUCCUAAUAUUAAUCCAUACACUUCUAAUCUUUAUAUAUAGAGAUUCAUACAA